UACUUUAACAGUAUGUAAAACAUGAAUAAUAAUAAUAGUUUGCGCAACCGAGUAGCUUUGCGGCAUAUUAUUGGCUAACAAAGCCAACGAACUAGCUAGCAAAAACAAGACUCAAAUAAGUGUCCUCACACGAGAAUGAUAGCUUCGUCAAAGUCCGGAAAAGGGACUUGGAGAGAUUGUCCACAGAGGUCAUGCAGCUCCGUGACUUCUUACCCAAAGUAAUGAACAGAGAUCUAAUUGAAAUGCUGCAGAAAGCCCGUUCUGCUGAGAAAAUGAAGGAACGCAUUGGUCAAGAGCAGGAACAGCUGAAAAUGGAGUGCCUGCACCUCCGCUCUCGCCUGGACGCAGCACAGAGCGAGUGUCAGAAAGAGAGAGAGUCUCACUCAUGGUGUCCUCAGGAGAAGCUGUUUCUGAGAGAGCAGCUCUGGGAGAGUCGGGAGCGCCUGCAGCAGCAGGCUGAGUUCUGCACGGAGCUCGGGGCGGCCUCCUGCACCCUGCUGUGGAGCGCCUCCGGCAAAGAGGAGGCUGUCAGAGACAUCCUGGUCGAAGGUAACCUUCAGUCCUUCCUGAGCAUGGCAGGCCAGAUACUGGAGAGCUAUGUCAAGUCUUUAGACGGGGAGGCCAGGGCCGAGCAGCAAGACUCCAACUCCCAUGAGCAGCAGUUUGUCCUGGCACUGGCCGGAGUUGUGACCAACGUGGCCGCUGUGACGUGUGGGCGGGAUUACCUGUCCGGCUCCGCCCAUGUCCUCCUUGACACCCUGAUUCAACUGCUGGAGCUCCUGAAGCCCGGAGUCUGCCCCAAACUCAAAGUCUUGAUGCUGAUGGCUCUGUAUAAUGUUAGUAUCAAUGUAAAGGGACUGAAAUAUAUCAGCGAGUUUCCAGGACUACCUUCACUUAUCUGGACCCUUUUGGCAGACGGGGACAAUGAGGUGUGCCUCCAUGCCCUGCGCCUGCUCCAGUCACUGCUCCUGGAUGAGGGGGCGGUGGCCCUGGUACCGCUGCUUGAUGACACCCUCCUCCCCUUGGAGCGCAUCCGCAUGCUGGCCACCUCCAGCCGCCACCCCGCCCUGAGGCAGACUGCCCGGGAAACACUGGAGGACCUGGGCUCCCUCCGUGCCUCCUGCCUGGAUCCCAUCGGCACCACCUUUGACCAAGUAAAAAAUACACUCAGCCCAAAGUCAAACACACAGCGCUAGCUGCUGCCCUUCACACUGUCUUGGUAAUGAUGCUCUCCCAAUGUAGAGUGAAUGUUUCUCUGAGGAGAGCUCUUUUAUUAUUUAGAUUUUUGGGAGGGGCAUUUUGAACUCUGAAAGCUUGUCCCAAACAUUUUCCCAGUUGAAGAGAUUAUGUAUAACUGUCAUGGGAGCUAGUUACGGGUACUGCGCUGAAAUUCCAACAGCAAGUGUGUCCCUUUCUCACUUAUCCCUUGGGGCUUGGGAGGUAGUUAAGUUGGUUCCUAUCCCACCACAUCAGAUUUUGUUGUCCAAUAUGACAGUACAUAAGGUCAUAACCCAUACAUAGUGCAUCCAUAAGCACUACAAAAUGCAUAUGUCAAUAUAACUGCUUAUAUAGUCCAAGCAUUACCUUCACCUGCCAUAUGUUCUAGAAAAGUAGUCUGUUUACCAUAUUUAGCAAUUGUUGGCUAGUUAUGUGUAUCUGUUUCUACCAGUUUAAAGACCUAAAUAGAAAAUAGUUUGCCUGGCUAUUUUGAGUGUCAUGUUAUAUCAGUUUUCCAGUAAAUGUUCAUCUAAAACAUUUCCAA